AAACGCCGCCUCCAGGCAUGGCUCUUCUUGCCCUCCUGAACCAAGACAUUCUCCUCGAAGUAUUUCAACACGUUGGACGACAACGCCAAAGCAGCGAGACGCAUGAUGACGAACCGUGCCACAACGACGCGGAGACACAAACUCUUGCAAGAUGUGCGCGUGUAUGUCGGGCGUUCCGCGAUCCAUCGCUCAGAGUGUUGUGGGAAUACCUCCCCUCCGUCCUCCCGCUGCUCCAGCUACUCGCGCCACACUUUCGGAAACUUGAACACGGACGCGAGGGGGACAAGGACUGGGGUGAAGGCCAUGAGUAUGACACCUACGUACUUACGGAUACACCAAACGAAGACCAGUGGACGCGAUUUCGCGAAUACGCCGCGUACGUUCGCGUCCUACAUGAAACGUACAACCCUGGAUUAUGCUGUUACCCCAACGCCUAUAACGAUGAUGAAGACCCGGAGCCCUUAGGGAGGAUCAUCUCGUCCUCAGUUUGGUUCCACCUCGCACGCUUAGCCGGCACGGAGCCGAUGCUUCCCACCUUGCGCGAAGUGCGUUGGCUUAUGCGUGGUACAGAUCAGGUUGUGUUGCUCGAUGUUCUUGCCGGGCCAUGUCUCCGCAAACUCUCUGCCCACUUCAUUCCAACCCACGGAGUGGAGUCCUCAGAGGAAGAGUAUGCUCUCACCUUUCCGCUCCUCUUACGGAACAUCGCACGCCUGUCACCUACGCUUCAGGAGCUCGAAAUCAGCUCUUGUGCCAGCCUAUCCGGCAUUUCUGGUAUGCCGAAGUUGCGUAUCUUGACGAUCCUCGGUGUAGUUUCUGCGGACGCUCUCAGAGACGCCAGGCUGGACACGCUUCAAGAGCUGGAAAGCCUCACGAUUGCACUCGCACCUCCCUCGGAAACGGCAACACAUUCCCUCCCCCUCGAACUACUACCGUUGAAAACUCUAGCCCUGAAAUACGAUUGCUCCUCGCGGUCGGAGACACGUCACUAUUAUGUACCUCUAUCCGCCUCUAAUCUGCAUUCGCUCCGAAUCGAUCCUGGCAUCUGUUCGACCACUACAGGAUGCAGGAAACUAUGCGCCGAGCUCGUCCAACGGUUCCCCGCUGCCCACUCUAUAUUGUUGGAUCUUCAGCGACCUAGCAAGGGGGAGGCGCGCUUCCAGACCCCGUUUGAAGUCCUGUCGGCCCUGGAGCCCCUGUUCGGCAUCUCCUCUGUGCGGGAGUUCUCGCUCAAAUGCAGCGCAGACGUGAUGGCCUUCUCCGUUGCUGAUAUGCGCGCCAUCGCCGAGGCAUGGCCACACCUCUCGACAUUGUCCGUCGACCUCGGCCGGUGGUCGGUUUGGGGACAUCAAGGCUCAAGCCUCGGAGUCUCCGCGCUCGUGGACAUGGCGCGCUGCGGUUCUGGGCUCCGGGUGCUCCAUCUCGAUCACCUGCGCAUCACUCUAGACGACCUCAAAGGGUACUCAGGGCGGCGAGCGCGGACGAACCCCCUACCAUGCUCUUCCAGCAUCGAAGUACUCACAGUCGACCAUGCGGAGACCGACUGCGGUCAGUACUCGGACUCCGAGGGACCCCGUUUGUCCAAAUGCGCGAUGCUGGUAGCCAAGCUGUUCCCGAACAUCGACACGAAAAAGUCUCGUACUGCCGCGCGCCACCCACUGCGGGAGGAGCCUGUAUGGAACAAAGUGCUCGAACAUGUUGAUCUCGUCCUACCCAGGAAGAAGAUCGUACUAUGAUGCUCUGGUUGCGCCGCGCGACGCGCAAUCAAUCCGAAUUAUACCGGAGGUGCAUAAUUUUGGGUUGCCCAUCCUCGCACGGAGCUUCGAACGCGUAGUUUAGACCUCUUUAGUAUCAAUGUCAUCCUGAACCGUUUGUGGUCUCGUACUGAGGCAAUGGUCAUACGGGAAGUUCGAUCGUACCGGGUCCGCCCAGCUUUGCUUGAAGUCCUUCGCUUGCUUCAGUCGACACCACCUCGCCUUCUGCAGAGGCGCACUUCCCCCACUCAGAAAUGGCACCUACUUUCGUCAUCGGCGGAGAAGCAUGCGAUAAACGCGUCCGUAGCACGCACGCCCAAGCAUAUCAGCUGAAAGGGGCGCCAGUUCG